UCUCGCGUUUUUUGGCGCAUGCGUACGGGUGGAUGAUGAAGGAGAGCGAAGGGUUGCGGCACCGCCGGCUUCAGCAGCCGCAGGUCAUCUCGGACGAGUCGCGGGAUGCGGAGACCAAGCAUGUCAGUGCAUAUAGUGGGAAAGUUUUCCGGAUAACCUUGACAACUCUUGUCGUGACACUUGUAGUUCCGUUACUGACAGCAGCACUGUUGCUGCAGUCUCCAAUAAACCCCCAACCUUUCAGUUACAAGGAGCCUCCCCUGCUGAUUGGUCCUUUGGAAGCAAAUCUUAAGCUGAGACAGGCUGAGCGCUUGUAUGAGGGACAGCUUUUUGGACCAGAAUCCAUUGCACAUCUAGGAGAUGUGAUAUUCACUGGAACAGCGGAUGGACAGAUUCUGAAAAUAAGUGAUGGGAAAAUACACACUCUAGCAAGAAUAGGCAAACUGCCUUGUGGAACAAGAGAAGAUGAACCAACAUGUGGAAGACCUUUGGGCAUCCGGGUUGGACCAAAUGGCACUCUGUUUGUGGCAGAUGCUUACUAUGGGCUAUUUGAAGUUAAUCCAGUCACAGGUGAAGUGAAGAUGUUGGUCUCUGCCCAGAAGGUAAUCCAGGGUAAAAGGAUGGCAUUUGUGAAUGACCUCAGCAUCACUCAAGAUGGCAGAAAGAUCUACUUUACAGACUCUAGCAGCAAGUGGCAGAGAAGAGACAACAGAUAUCUGGUGAUGGAGGGUACUGCUGAUGGGCGAUUGAUGGAAUAUGACACAAUAACUGAGCAAGUGGAGGUUCUAAUGGAUGACCUGAGGUUUGCAAAUGGAGUCCAGCUUUCCCCUGCUGAGGAUUAUGUUCUAGUUUCUGAGACCACCAUGGCCAGAAUUAGAAGGUAUCAUAUCUCUGGACUGAGAAAAGGUGGACAUGACAUAUUCUUUGACAAUCUUCCUGGUCUCCCUGAUAACAUCCGGCCAAGUAGUUCUGGAGGCUACUGGGUAGGCAUAGCUGUACUACGACCAAAUCCUGGCUUUUCCAUAAUGGACUUCCUUGCUCCUAGGCCUUGGCUUAAGAAUUUAAUUUUUAAGCUGGUCAGUCAGGAGACAACCAUGAAGUUUGUGCCCAAGUAUGGCCUCUUACUGGAACUGAAUGAGGAUGGAUCCGUCAGGAGGAGUUUCCAUGAUCCUCAUGGAGUGGUGGUGCCUGCAGUUAGUGAGGCCAGUGAGCACGAUGGGUAUCUGUACCUGGGUUCCUACUACUCCCCUUUCCUCUGUCGGCUGAAUCUCAAUGAGGUUUAACAUUCUGGCACAGAACAAAAGGUAUAUCUUUGCUGAAGGUCAUUGUGCAACUGCCGAUUUAGACCAUCCGCCAGUUGAUAUUUAAACUAACAUAUUUGGGAGAGUUGUCCUGCUUUGAAGAUCAUAAAAUGCGUAAAUGUUCAAUAUUUAAUUUUUUUUGUCCUUUUGAAGAUCAGGCUUCCUUUGCCAAUUGUUAAAGCAGGCAAAGAGGAAGGGUUCUCAUAUUCCUCUGAGCUGAUGGGUUUAGAAGGACUCAUUAAAAAGACAAUGGUAUUGUACCUUUAGGAAGUAGGUAUGAUCACAUGAGCCAAUUGGGUGAAUUUACUUAAUGAGCAUUGUGGACUUUAGAAUAUUCUGAAGGUUAACUGUAGUUUCUGCACUCUUAAUAAUUCUGCUGCUCAAUAAUGUUGACAGGUUUUAGACUUGGUUUGAUUUUGUUCAUUUAGGGAGGUUACCCUGCAGGUCCCACCAUAUUGUUUUUAAAUAUGGGGGAUGUAUGGUAGUCUGGGGAAUGUUGUAAUUAAAAGUAAUAACUUGCAUUCAAAGUGGUGGCUACAGAAAUGAAAAGCAGUUGUUGGAAGAUGCCUGGUCCUGGUAGUUAACCUUAUAGUAAUAUGUACCUCAUUGCAUUGUGAUCUUGAGGCUUGGAGAUCACCAAAACCAUUCUCUUCCACCACUGCACCUCUCACCCUGCCGUAAGCUGUGGAUUUAGUGCUCUGUCCUAUUUAAAUGUUUUUGAGAUGCUGAUCCUGUUCAAUUGUUUUCUUUUACUCUCUAGAGGGGAAAUAGUCUUCCUUUUAAAAUGCUAAUCAGUGGAUGGUGGGGAUGGGAGGAAGAAUGAGGAGCAGAAGUUGGACAUUUAGCCGCUGAGUGUUUUCUUGGCUGAUCUGUGACCUAUCUCUGUAUGUGCCUUUGCCCCAAAUUUCUUUUUUUUUGUUGUAUUUAAUUGGUGUUUUUCUUAACCAUCCCAAAAUUAAAUAUAACAAUUGGCCUACCUUUAGUUGCUGUUGUGAAAGAGUUUCAAAUACUACCAUUCUUCUCGGGUGGAAAAGUUUCCCAGUUUAUUUCUGAAAGGAUGAUGCUCCAUAGCUCUAGACUCCUCCAAUUAGAAUUUUUCUUUCUCCAACCUAUCAGUUCCUAUCAAUAUCUUGGACUUCAAUCAAAUCGGUCCUCACCCUUUGAAAUUCCAGGAAAUGCAACCCUGGCAUCAUUCCAGUAAAUUAAUGCUGAGUUUACUCCAAGGUCAACAUUUCCUUCCCUGAAAGUGGUCUCCAGAAUUGUCCUUAAGAAGUGGUCUAAUUAAGGGCAUUGCAUAGUUAUGGAAUAAUUUCUACCCUCUUGUAAAGUGGUAGAUCACAUAAUACAUGUUUAAUGGGCUGAUGAUCUUUUUUCCUUUCUCCAUACUUUUGCACCGUCAUUGCUUUUUUAAUUGUAGCAUUCAGGAAUAUUCAGAUGGAUAAACCUGUAAAGGUGCAACAAUAAAUCUGCCUCCUUCAGAUCCCAGAUAAUUGGGCUGUUGAAUGUUCUAGCUGUGCAUGUGGUCAGAACAAUUGCUCAUACAGGCACCAUUAGGUCAAGGUCAGACCAGCAGCCAUUUCCACAACUUUGUUUUAGAAAUAAUGCUGAAGAUUUUCUGAAACAGCUGCUGCGUGUCCCUUUAGAGUACAGCAAGUCAUAUGCACAGAAGAAUGAAUGGAAAGUGAACUUGCUGAUAAUAAUUUUAAAUUGUGUAAACUAUUGUGAGCAGGUUGCUAUGUACUUUGUUGAUCUGAAUAUAUUUUGCUUAACAUUCCAUCCAUCUCGAAUACAGAGUUUAAAUUUUGUAAUUGUAUAAAUUGCAGGCUGAAGCUCAAGUAUUCACUAGUCAUAUUCUGAAAUUGCAUUCUUAAGUCUGUCUUUCUAUGAUGGGACAUUGAAGAAUUGUACUUCUAGUCAUUCAGAUGUUACAAGCUCUUAGAUUUGUAAGACUAUGGCAUGUUCAUUUUGCAUUGCUCAUUAAACAAAAAAGUAC